AUGGAGAAAUUGAUAGAGAAGUUACAAAAAUAUCAAGAUAUUCUUGAGAAAUCCUUAUUAUGGAAGGAAACUUUGGAAAUAUUUGGAAAGUAUGACACAAAGAAUAUUAAACAUAUAAGAUGUUUAGCAUUGGGAUCACCAUCGGAGAGUAAUGCAGCACUUUAUCAAUUAGCAAUAUUAGAGAUAAUAGGACAACAUUUCCAGUGUAGAUCCAUAUCUGUGUAUGAUCCAGUAUUCACUGAGUUGGAUAAAAAAUUAUUUGAUAAAUAUGAAUAUAUGGUAACUGAUGAUGAGGAAUUGGUUAAAGAUAUUGAAAAGUCACUGAUAAUAUAUUUCUUACCACAUGCUGAAUUAGCAUUAACAGAAAAGAUAUUGGUUGAUUGUAAACCAAGAUGGCUACUUGCCAACUAUGUGUUGACUCAUACCGAUAGUUUCACGAAAAAGAAGUUGUAUGAGGAGUACAAAACAUUAGCAUAUAUGAAACAUUCAAUCGAAAUGGAUACCAAUAAGAUAUCUUUAGUACCAGAAUUUGAACCAGUGAUAUCUAAAAAGAGUAGAAGAAUGAAGAAGAAUGUUUAUAUAGAACCAAAAAUUGAUUAUAAUUAUGAAAAAGAUGUUUAUUUUACCAAAGUUGAGGCUAAAAAGUUUGAAAAACUUGAUGGUGAAUGGGGGAAUUCAUUUUCAGAUUUAGCAUUUCAUUCAAUAAUAAAGGAGAAUGAAGUAGAAGAUAAAAGGAAAGAAAAAGAGAUAUAG